GUCAUCCCCAUUGUCGUGUAAGAAACUCGUGCAUUCGAUUGAAAAAUGGAGUCAUUUUUACCGGCGUUUAUCGACGCUAACGAAGAAGAUCAGGUUAGAGAAAUAAGAUCAUAUUUCAAGUCAAAUGAUGACAGUAUCAGUGAAGAAACAGUAUCUCCUCUUCACGAGGAACUCUCUCAGCUGUUAGACUAUUGUGAAGUUUGUUUUAAGAAUGAAGCAGAGAUGGAGAGUGUUAUGAACAGUAUUCUUUAUUUGGUUCUGAUAGUCACCGAACAAAGAGAUGAGCUCAUCAAAAAGUGCUGUGAUAAACUUUCAACUAUGCUGUCAUCAGAUGAUCCUACUGCAUCUGCAAGAUUACGGAUUUUGUCAGUGUUGUUCAGCGGGCUUCAAGAAAGAGAUCCCAUGAGAUACAAUGUUUAUGCAGCACAGUUAAUGAUUGCAUCCAAAGCAAGCCUUAUUGAUGAAAUUCCCACAGGACUAGAUCUAGUGAAAGAGUGGUUAAACAUGUGGGGAAGUGAUGCAGAUGGCAAACGCCACAUAUACAGGCUAUUGUACAAUGCUCUUAUUGAUGAGCAUCAUAGUGAGGAAGCAUCUAAUGUGAUGAUUGAGCUGCUAAGUACUUACACAGAACAAAAUGCAUCCACCGCAAAGGAAGAUGCUAAGAGUUGUAUUACUAGCUGUCUGGCUAAACCAAAUCUCCUUAUUUUGGAUAACAUCAUAGCUUUGAGACCUGUUGCUUCAUUAAAGGGAGAACCCAUUUACAAGCUUUUAGAAAUAUUUGUCUCUGGUCAUGUGCAAGAUUACAUCAGCUUUUAUGAGAGUAACAAGGAAUUUGUUGAUUCUCUUGGACUAUCCAAUGAAUUGAAUUUGAAGAAAAUGCGUAUUCUGACUGUGAUGGAGAUUGGAGUAAACAAGCAUGAAAUAUCAUUUGAUGAGCUCGCAAAUCAGUUGGAUAUCAAUGUUGAUGAUGUAGAAGGCUUUGUUAUUGAAGCUGUCCAAACAUCACUUGUUAAAGUCAGGCUUGAUCAGAUGAACAAAAGAGUAGUUAUCAGUUCUGUAGCUCCAAGAACCUUUGGUCAAGAUCAGUGGAAAAGUCUUCAUGGUCGUUUAGUUGAAUGGAGAAACAACUUGGUAUCAGUCAAUGCAGGUCUCCAGAGUGUUGUUCCUGCAAUUCAAGUGUAAUACUUGCAAUAAUUGAUUGAGAAAUAAAAGUAUUAUAACACCAG